AGACGGAAAGCUGAGAGGCCGGAUAUCGUUGGUGGGCUGGAUAUUUAUAUUUUAUCAUUUUGAAAGCUACCUUACUGGAAAGUUAUCAGUAGACUGAUAUUCGUAUUUGUGAUGUACCUUGACACCAUUGAAUAAAGUGAACGAACAAUUUAAUAAUGAUCGUUUCAAACUUGAACUUGCAUUCGAAAGUAUAACCGAAGUGUUUCAACCAUCCAACGUCACCGGAUCCUGUAUCGUUUCUAUGGUUUCUUAUAUUUAAUUCAUGACAUUUGUUCGAAGAUAUAUAGCUUUAGUCAUGCGCUCAACACGUAUCAACAGUAGUAUCAACUUGAGGAGUAUCUCUACCUAAAGCUUCGGUAUACUGAUACAGCUGAUAAAAUUUACCACUGAAAAACGUUCGUAUUAGCGAACUGGUGCUAGUAUUACCGAACAACGUGCUUCGAGUAACACGUGCUUCGAAAUUACCUCCACCACCGUUCGGUUUUCGGUGUGCUCGGUGCUGUGCUGUGCAUUACGCAACAUUCUCGCCAAAAUGUUCAUUCAUUGUGCGUUCAAAUGUUGAUAAUUGCUGUCCUUACUCGAUGUACGUUCGAUAUACAAUAACUAUACGAAGUGAAUAGCUAAUUUAGCAGAUUGAUGAGCAAGUGCUGCAGUUGCAGUUGAGUACUGGUGUUCGGAGUUCGGUUCCAUCGAGUUCCCUUACAAUUGUUUCUAUUUCGAUCGAGUAAUAUUCCGACGACAAUAUGCCCGAAGAAAAGCAACCCCCUGAUGGAGGUAUUCGUGCCUACGUCGUGCUAUUCGCCAGCUUCCUGUGUAAUGGAUUGAUCUUCGGUAUUGUGAAUUCGUACUCGAUUAUCUAUAAAGAAAUAUACAGAAAUUAUAACGACAAGAAAAUGGAUAACGCGGCUGCUAAAGCUUCUUUAAUCGGUUCGUUGAUGAUUGGUACCACUUUCCUACUUUCGAUGGUAUCUGGAAUGGUCAGCGAUCGAAUUGGUAUCAGACCUACGACCUGUAUUGGCGGAUUUUUGAUCACCUGUAGUUUAUUAAUAUCGUCAUUUUAUAUUGAUAAUGUUUAUGUUCUCAUCUUCUCGUGUGGUAUUAUGUAUGGUAUCGGAGCAUCAUUGACGUACAUUCCAUCUUUAACUAUCAUCGGUCAUUAUUUCAAGAAGAAUAUCGGUCUAGCAAAUGGAUUCGUGACCCUGGGUAGUUCAGUAUUCACCAUGAUUAUGCCGUUCCUUUUAGAUUACCUUUUGAAAACGGGUGGCCUGACUACCUGCUUCAGGUACCUGGCAGCGUUGUUGAGCUCUUUGAUGUUAUGCUCGUUCGCAUUCAAACCACGUUUCCAAUCUCCUUUGUCGAAAAAGAGCACGCAAGAUGAUACCAGCGAAGCGUAUUUCGCCAAUUUUCUAAACAUCAGUAUAUGGAAGAAUCCCAGAUACGUUUUGUGGAUUGUAGCAGUUCCUAUCGCAUUAUGCGGAUAUUUUGUGCCCUAUGUGCACAUGGCCAAGUUUAUCGAUGAUAAUUUCAAAGGCGAGAAUGAAAAGUUACCAGUCGUGUGUAUCGCCAUCACAUCAGCCAUUGGCAGAAUACUUUUCGGGAAAUUGUCAGAUUUGAAAGGAGUGAAUAGUAUAUUUUUGCAACAGCUUUCAUUUGUAGUCAUUGGAAUCGUAUCGAUCUUGACGCCGUUUGUGAAGAAUUACGUGUUACUUUUGAUGACUACGUUGGUCAUGGGCUUAUUUGAUGGCUGUUUUGUUACCGUCGUGGGUCCGAUUGCGUUCAAGUUCUGUGGCCCGAAAGGAGCCGGACAAGCAAUCGGAUUCUUACUCGGAUUGAUUUCUAUUCCUAUGACUAUCGGACCGACAGUUGCAGGAGCGAUAUACGAUCAUACUAAAUCGUACACGUUACCAUUCAUAUUAGCCGGUAUUCCGCCCUUCAUUGGCGCCGCCAUGAUGACCAAAAUCCAUUUCAUGGAGUCUGCCGAAGACGAAAUCGAAUGCGUCGAAUCGAAGGAAUCGUCUGAGAAGAAACAACUCACGAGUGACGCAAUAAACACAAAGGAAACUGGGAAAAUUGCAGACGUGUGAUGAACAGUAUUGAAACGAAUAUUAUGUUCAAGUGAUAUAUCAUUUUUUCCCCUUCUUGCUUCCUCACUUGAACAUUAUAUUUUAUACGUCCCAAGAAAAAGCUGCUAGAAGAUCUCAAUAUACUCUCUUUAAAAAAUAUUUGUAUGUUUUAAAAUAACCUUAUUUAUUGAACUGAAAACAAAAAAAAAACGAAAAUAUCGUGUCGAAAAAUGACAAUAAAUACGUAAUGUACGCUGUGGUUUA